AUGGGCUUCGCUCCUCGUGGACGUGGCGGAUUUGGCGGUGGUGACCGUGGUGGCCGUGGUGGUGGUCGAGGUGGUUUCGGCGACCGUGGUGGACGCGGUGGUGGCCGUGGUGGUUUCGGCGACCGCGGUGGCCGUGGCCGUGGAGGUGGCCGUGGUGCCCCUCGCGGUGGUCGUGGUGCUCCUCGUGGUGGCCGUGGUGCUCCCCGCGGCGGCGGUGGUGCUCGCGGUGGUGCCAAGGUUGUCAUUGAGCCUCACCGUCACGCUGGUAUCUUCGUUGCCCGCGGCGGCAAGGAGGACAUGCUUGUCACAAAGAACUUGACUCCCGGUACUGCAGUUUACGGCGAGAAGCGCAUUUCCGUUGACGGCCCCGCAGCUGAGGAUGGCACUGCCACCAAGCACGAGUACCGUGUCUGGAACCCCUUCCGUUCCAAGUUGGCCGCUGGUGUGUUGGGUGGUCUUGAUGACAUCUACAUGAAGCCCGGUUCCAAGGUCCUCUACAUUGGUGCUGCCUCUGGUACCUCCGUCUCUCACGUCGCUGAUAUUGUCGGUCCCACCGGUAACGUCUACGCCGUUGAGUUCUCUCACCGCUCUGGUCGUGAUCUUAUUGGCAUGGCCACUCACCGUACCAACGUCAUCCCCAUUGUUGAGGAUGCCCGCCACCCUCUCCGCUACCGCAUGCUCGUCCCCAUGGUUGAUGUCAUCUUCGCCGAUGUUGCCCAGCCCGAUCAGGCCCGUAUUGUCGGUUUGAACGCCCACAUGUUCCUCAAGGCCGAGGGUGGUGUCAUUGUCUCCAUCAAGGCCAACUGUAUCGACAGCACAGCCAAGCCUGAGGUUGUGUUCGCCAAGGAGGUCCAGAAGAUGCGUGAGGAGAAGAUCAAGCCCAAGGAGCAGCUUACUCUCGAGCCCUUCGAGCGUGACCACUGCAUUGUCGCUGGUAUCUACAAGCGUUCCGCAUAG